AUGGGCUCCGUUGUCAUUCCCCAUCUCGUCACAGCCUGGCACGUCGACCAAGCCAUCCUUACCGAAGAAGAGCGCCUAGUCGUCAUACGCUUCGGUCGCGACUGGGAUGCAGAUUGUAUGCGUCAAGAUGAAGUACUCUACAAGAUCGCCGAAAGAGUCAAGAAUUUUGCCGUCAUCUAUGUCUGCGAUCUCGACCAAGUUCCCGACUUCAAGCAGAUGUACGAACUCUACGAUCCAAUGACCAUCAUGUUCUUCUUCCGCAACAAGCACAUGAUGUGUGACUUUGGCACCGGUAACAACAACAAACUCAACUGGGUCCUCGAAGACAAGCAAGAAUUGAUCGAUAUCAUCGAGACCAUUUACAAGGGCGCAAAGAAGGGUCGUGGUCUGGUCGUCUCGCCAAAGGACUAUUCUACCCGUUAUCGAUACUAG